AUGCCCAAAAUAAUUUAUAAAAAUUACGAAGGACUUUUGCCUGAAGCAUUAAGGACGAAGUGCGUUCGGUGUACAGAGAGACAGAAAAAAAUCGCUGUCAAAAUUAUCAAACGUUUGAAGAUCGAGUAUCCUGACGAAUGGGCGAAAUUGCAGUCCAAGUGGGACCCGACUGGCGACUUUACCAGAUACUUUGAAGUCUUCCUAGCUAAUGAGCAGUUUAAUUCAAUUUCCGGAGAGGGUAACGAGCCAUCUAUGCCAUCGCUACCAUCGCUACCACCUCUACCACCUCAAACGAGCUCACCACAGCCAGCGACCACAGCCCCAACCCCACCACGGCCGUUGCUGCUGAACAGACCUACACCAGUGUCGUGGGCUAACGCCGGUUCCGAAUCAAUGCCAACCCGUUUCACAUUACGACCGACCAAAUCCGAACUGCCUCUGCCAUAUUCUACAGCAAUAACUUUGAUUGAUCAAAUCGGUAUUAAAAUUAUAAGAACAACAGAACUCGUCACAGAUAUAUUAAAGAACACAGUACGAGCCGUUGUUGGACGAUGA